AUGGCAUUGCCAAAUUAUACAUGGCAGCAUACCAGUCAAGAGCUAUAUAACCCCUUGUUUUGCAGUUCAAUUCUCAUGCUGUCUGCCUCGUGGCCUUCCAUAUUGAAUGGCCUUUUGGACCUCCUGGAUAUCUCCUUCCCUGGGCGCCACAUCAAUGAUAGCUUGCAACAGUUUCUCACGGCUGAAGAUAAAAAGUUCGUUGCACCAAUAUAUGGAUGUUCUGGGCUUCUAGCCGUUUCCAAAGCCGACAAUCUUCUCCAAUACUCUCUUACCGAAUACAUCUAUAAGUAUCUAAAUAUUCACCUAUUUUACCCUGUGGCUCUGACCAAAACUCUUGGUCCAAAUAACGAAACUUGA